UAACUGGUGAUAACGUUAUAAACAACACAAUUUCUCGAGUAUUUAUAAUAUAAUAAGACAGUCCUCUACUAUCUUUGUAACCUUUAGCUUUGGGUUUAAUGAAAAAUUCAACCUCGGGAUGCAUUUACAAGAAACUCAGGCGUCCAAUUCUGAGCAAACCGUCGAGUGAUACGACUUUAUCAAUUAUAAGUUUGAAUUAUUUGGUUGUACGUUUAAAAGGAUUCAAUAACUUGUCGCUUCUAUUAUCUACAGCAUCGCUUAUGACAGAUCAUUUAAUUUAGUCCGCAAUUUAACCAGUUACAGUUUAUUAGUGAAGUGCACUGGGUGAGGUGGAUUUGACUGCGAAUGAGCCAUUUUUUCCAUGAUUAUUUUUAACAUGAAUUGAAAAAUUUAUGAUGGGACGUAAAUUUUUCUGCCUGGUCUUUUUAUGUGUCCAUCUCGAAAAUUUUAGAUGUCAUGGAGACGACGUUUGCAAAAACGAACCACGCUGCUUAGUAAGCCGAACACACGGUAUGAAAUCUAUAGAUUGUUUCCAUAAAGACUUCAAGCAUUUCCCAAAAUGUGUGCCAAGUGAUGCAGAAGUUUUGGAUUUAUCUUUCAACAGGAUAAGGAAAGUGGGCAAAUCCGACUUAAGCAAAUUCAAAUAUCUAAAGUUAUUGUACUUAAACGACAAUUUUUUCGACAGCUUGCAAAACGACACCUUCGAGGAUCUGACAGAUUUAAUCUCCUUGGACAUGUCUCAGAAUAACAUAAAAAGGAUUCCCUCGUCAGUGUUCAAUUUGCCGUCGUUGGACAAACUUUACCUCAGACAAAAUUUUAACCUAAAUAUGGUCGCCUCUCUCGAAAAUGUAAAACCCAUUAAAAGUCCCAUAUCAGUGAUAGAUAUAAGUUCUACCACGGAGGAAGAUUCUGCAUCAGAAUUUCCAGAUUUUGGACCGAUGCCCUAUUUGUCUACUCUGAAUAUUUCUGAAAACCGAUUUCAGAUAAUUGCGCCCAGGCACCUUGCUGGGUUAUGUAAUUUACAAACUUUGAUAAAUAUCAAUGUCUCCAAUAACUACUUAGAUAGCUGCGAUUGUUGGAUAAUCAACAAAUGGCUCUUAGAAAGAAAAGUGCAAUUUAAUACCUUCACAUGCUCGAUUCCUGAAGAUAAUUGCCUUGGAAAGGAACUAAAGGAUGAAGACAAAAACGUGUACGACAACUGUUUAGAAAUAAUUUAUGCCAUAGAAAAGGAGCAUCGUGUGCUGAAGAUAUGUAUUGGUAUGGGAGUAUCAGUUUUGAUAGUAAUAAUUGUCCUGUUUUUUACGUAUUUCUAUUUUAUAAGGAAUAAACGCGGCAGCAAGAAUAACUCGACGAAAAUCGGCAAUAAAAAUGUCCCUUUGGAAGUGCCAGAUGGCCCCUUGCUUUUGAAUAACCACCCAAAAGCCAACGUUGUAAAGUUGUGAUAUUUUAUAUUUUUUAUGUUAAUUAUUUAUAUUAUUUAAUUUGAAAUGUGUCAGUUUGUUUUUUGGUCUUCUGUUAAGGAAUUACUAUUACAGGAUCAAUAAAGAAACAAAAACACUUAGUCCAAAGAUAAUUCUAGUUUUAAGUUUUGUGAUAUAAUGUUAAAGUUUUAUUUAUCAAAAUAAAUAAUUUCGAAUAG